GAGAAGAAUCCCAACUAUCGGUAGAUUCAAUCUUAUCCCCUACUAGACCCUUUCUCCCCUUAUAAUUGUAACAAUGGCGAUUUGGUGCACUUCAUAAAAUGAAAUAUCCUAUCUUCAAAACCUUUACACAUAAAUCUCUUAAAAGGGUCUUUGAGAUUAAAGAAAAUGGCGACAAUCUCUCCUUGUCCAUCUCUCAUGCUAUCUGCUUCUACCCAUUUCCAUGGCUUCCCUAAAAUGUAUCUUAAAACUCAUUCCCCCUUUCUUCAUAAGCUCAAGAAGCAUCCAAUUCGUUAUCUCGAAGCACAUGGUUGCGGUUUGACCAUGAAACAAAACGAAAUCAUUCAGAACACCAAGCCAAAUAUCUGUUCUGCUAUAAAUCCGCUUAUGUGGAAUAAUUCUCCUCAGCCAGUAAAGAGAUUUCCUUGGAACAGAGCUUUCGAGAACUUUGUUCAGCUCAUACUUGAUCUUGUUCUGGCAGUGGUCAAAUAUCUAAGUGCACUUGUACUUACAGUUUCAUCCCUCAGUGAGAUGUCCUACUGUGCACAUCAAAGGAAGUUGACCAUCAUCCCUGUCUCCCUACUCAUUGGCUUCGUACUUGCAGGGGUUCUAAAUGAAACUUCCUUGGAACUAUCUCCUCUUCUCAAGGAUGCAGAAGUUCCAUGGCACCUUAUUGCAAUUGCAAUAUUAUUCACAUUGAUCAAGUUGCCAGGCCCUUAUUACCCAUACUGGGGGCGUAUUUUCAUUCCACACAUUGCGAAUGGAGCAUUAGUGAGGACUCUAUGGUUAAUGUUUUUGUGGUAUAGAAGACCCAAAAUAUCAGGAGCUGAGUUGCCAAAUAGUCUGGCAAAUGGUACAGAUUCUGAAAUUGAAUAAGCAGUAAUCUCAACAGGUUGCAUUUUGUGUCUGAGAAACCGGCCGGGACAGGCUGCUUAGGAAAAUUUGUCAGAACUGGAGAAGAAUUUGGCUUGGAAACCUUAACAUGCUGGUGCUUGGGAUGUUCAGCCUGAAACUUUAAACACCAAAAGUGCCCCAGUUAUUAUUAUUAUUAUUAUUUUUUUUUUACUUUUGCAUGUGUUUUGUUUCAUUCAACCUUGAACUAACGGCUCUGUAGUGUUGUUUUCUGGACAGAAUAUCACAAGGAUUUGGUCCUAACUGUGGUUAAAAGUUUGUAUACAUUGGCGUUACUGAAUUUUUGAUUACAUAAAAUACGCUUUCUGUA